GGUUGGGUAGGCUGGGGAGGGAACCCGCUGGUGGCCGCGUCAUGGCGCGUCUGCUGCGAGCGCUGCGGGGUCUGCCUUUGCGGCAAGCGCCUGGGCGGUUGGCUCGGGGUUGCGCGGGAUCAGGACGCGGGGACACAGGGUCUCUUACAAAGUCCGAGUGUUCUCUAAGCAAGACAGACUGGCAGAAGAAACUGACCCCUGAACAGUUCUACGUCACCAGAGAGAAAGGAACUGAAGAGCCUUUCAGUGGGAUGUAUUUGAACAACAAGGAGACAGGGAUGUACCAUUGUGUGUGCUGUGAUAGCCCACUCUUCAGUUCUGAGAAGAAAUACUGUUCUGGCACUGGCUGGCCUUCAUUUUCUGAGGCUCACGGCACAAAAGACUCAGAUGAGAGUCACACGGGGAUCCUGAGACGACUGGACAAUUCCUUAGGGUAUCCUCGCAUGGAGGUCGUCUGCAAGCAGUGUGAAGCUCACCUUGGCCACGUGUUUCCUGAUGGACCCGAGCCCACUGGCCAAAGGUUUUGCAUCAACAGUGUGGCCCUGAAAUUCAAGCCAAGCAAGCCCUGACUGCCUGCAGAAGGCUGGAGCUUUGCUUCCUUGCGAGCCUUGGUUCUGGAACUCAGAUGUGUGCCUUGCUUUAUUUUUGGAAAGUUUAGGUGAAGGUUGUUACUGGCCACAUGGGAGUCACAGCUUCUCAGUCACCUGAAAGCAACUCAACCCGACUUCCACUUGGGCCAUGGGAUUUCAAUGGGCUGUCAAGGCUUUGGGUGAGACCACAGGGUGGGACCCAGGCAGGAUUUCCACAGGUUCAUGGGCUAACAAGGGUCCAUAAAGCUCCUGAAGGGAACCUGAAUUGGCCAUCUCUGUUCAUUUCUUCACGGACGUACACAGAUGAGGGCUCAAGGGGAAGAGAAAGGAAGAGAUGGGCUGGACCAGACGAGAGAUGGGAGAUCCCAGUGUUGAAGAAGAGGAGAACAGAGUAGCUGAGCAUGGGAAACACAUCCCCACGAUGAUGGAUGAAACUUGUGGUUUCUUAUCCAAAACUUUACUGACUCAGCCUUACAACUCAAAACUGAGAUCCAUGUGAACUGAGUCAAUUUUAGCAACUAUAAACAAUGUUCUCCCUCUUUUCUUUGUUGCAACACUAAACUUCAAAUAUUCAAAUAAAAUAUUGAGAUCAA